CCAAUAUUUUACUACAUAAGAAGGUGUGCCAAUAUUUUACUACAUAAGAAGGUGUGCCAAUAUUUGACUGCAUAAGAAGGCGUAUUUACAAAGAUUCAACAUUAACCACCAAGACAUACUUAGGAGCUCCUAAAAACAAUACAAAUAAGGAGAAAAUGUCACCCCAUGCAGUUUUGAACAUGAGUAGCACAAAUCCAGAGAUAGAUCAAACAGAAACAGAUGAGGACGAAGAAGUUGAGGACGAAAAUGUUGGAAAGGUUAUAGAUGUGGCUUUUGAAGCUCGGCCCCCUAAUAGUGGUGACUUUCAUGGAAUCAAGCGACUUUUACAACAGCUUUUUGUCAAAUAUAUAAAUGAAGAUUUGUCUGAGUUAGCCAACCUCAUAGUGGCUCAAGAUUCUGUGGGAUCCGUGCUGAAGCAAGACUACCCAGAUGAAGAUAGUGAUAGUGAAGAAAGUGACACAGAUGAAGAAGAUGGAAAUGUUUAUUCUCUCAACACAGUCAUCAACCUUUCAGAGAAUCAGAGUUUAUCUUGUAUAGAAAAAAUCAAUGAGCUUUUAUCCUUAAAGUGUGAAGAAAAUUUUAAAACAGAACCUGGUCGAAUGAAAAAGCUUUUAAAUGACCCUUCAAAACAGAUUGGUUUGUUAAUUAGUGAAAGAUUUAUUAACAUACCCUCUCAAGUAGCCUUGCCUUCAUACAAAUCACUGCAGUCUGAUAUUGAAGAAGCUAUUCGCAAGAAAAAGAAAUUUAAAUUCUCUCAUCUUAUAUUAAUCAGUAAAACAUACAAAGCUAAGGGAGGCAAUAUGUCUGAUGAUCUCUUCUACUCCAACCCAGAAGAGCAGUUGUUUAAUGAUGUCUGCGAAUUCAAAUACACAUUUUCAGUAGCUGACCAGAGAGAUUCAGUGUCAGAAGGAGAAUGGGAUGAUGAUGGAGGUGAUUUUGAAUCGCUUCGAACAGUUAUGACUUUUGACGCAAGUGCAUUGGGUCAUAUGAUUGCUAAACUUCAGUCGGAACUUCCAUCUAAUUAAAUAUUAUUUCAUUUCAUAGUAAGAAUUAUCUGAUACAUUACUUCAUUUCUUUAUUUGAGA